CAGCAGGACAUUGCUUCAUGCGUGUGCAUCAGACUGAGCAUCGAUGGGCCUUGAGGAUGGCAGCACGAUGUCGCUGAACGUCCCACUCCUCCAGCCGCGCGCGUUCUCGGACGAGGACUUGCCUCCCUCACGCCGCCCGGUGGAUGACUUGCACGACUUCACAGCGGAAUUCAUCGAGAGAGGCUACCAUGCUGAGUACUGCAACUGGAGGGACUCCUACCUGAAGUGGAGACAGGGCGACGCGAAGGGCGCGAAAGGCGAGAACGUGGAGGAGACCCACAUCAAGAAUAGGAAGAGCACCUUCGAGUAUUGGUACCCAACGGUGUCUUCCUACACCUUCCGGCGCACCUGCGCCUAUUGGAUUGGUGUCCUCUUCGUGGAGGGGUGCAUCUUCUUCGCCUGGCAGACGAUGUUUCUGGCCUACUGGCCGGACCCCCCUCCGCGCAUCGAGUUCUGGAUCUCCAAGAUGCCGGUUUUGUUUGGGACCACCAUCUUCGGUACCGGGAUCUACAUGGGAUAUCUGGAGCUCAUCAACAUGGACACAGACACCAACUUGACUCGCCCCAACUUCCUUUGGUGCGACUGGCGAGCGCUCUAUCGCCUGCUACAGCAGAAGGAGGAAGGGGAGAGCGAGUCGGACUACGAUGAUGCGGAUGAUGCCAGCAGUAUGUCCGAGUUGUACUGGUACCAACCAGUGUCUUCCAUCGCGGGUUGGGUCAUCUACCUCACGGGUGCGGUGAUUUACCAAGUGGCCAAUACCGCGGAGAUGUUCGAAUUGGACAAGGAGACCCACGCAAUAAUCUGCGAGUGGCCCUUGGUCUUCGGAGGCUUCUGCUUCUUCCUGGGUGGAAUUGCCGAGCUCGUGCACAAUCGCGUGUGGGCAAAUCCUCCAGUGUCCUAUGUUUGGUGGGCGGCCGUCAUGAACUUUGUGGGCGGCAUCGGGUUUUGGCUUUGCGCCUGUCCGGUGAUGAUGGAAGACUGGGUCACCCCCAUCGGAUUCACAGGUACCAUACUGUACCUCAUCGCUGCUAUCCUGGGGCUUUGCAUGUGGCGAGGAGAGCAGUUCGGGCUCAGCCUGAUCUCCAAUCUGAACCGUGUGCACAGACACAGCGGCACCCAGAUCGCAGUACGGACAGAUCAUAACACCGGCGUGCAGCAGGUGGUUCCCAUCACGCCCUCCGCGCCCAGCCAACAGAACAUCAAGCUGGACAAUGUGGACAACGUGCUGCAGGCGAAGCUUUCUUGGCGAGGCCUCUCUUUCGUUGUGGUGUGCACCUUGUGGGGCGCCUCCUCCUUGCUCAGCGUCUGCACCGUGCCCGCGGCGCCCUGGGAGUACGAGUCCACCUCCGCCACGCGGCGCAGGCACUUGGCCUCCCAGGAGAUGACGAGCCUUGUACAUGCCAUAGGCGCUCACUGCAUCAUCCUUUUGAACUCGGUGUCCGUGCACGUGCCGUCAGAAGAGCCUUACCGCGCCCUUACCUUGGCCAUGCGCCUGCUGGUCAUGGUACUUACAAUCCAGUGUGUCAUGUCCAUUUGGGACUUUCUCAUCGACGAGCAUGCUUGAAAUGCCGAACUGAUGCGCCUGGAAGCAGCUGUGACGCCGAUUUCAUUGGCUCAAGGGCUUAUCGAUUCGCGAGCCGUGUACCCCCGUGUUUUUUUUUGCGCGC